UCACUUGGCAAAAUUACAUCUUAGUUUAUCCUCUUUCGUGACAGGUCCUUGACAUAAAUAACUAAACCAAGGAUCAGAAUUUGGUUGAGCAGUUGUUUGUGCCACACAGAACACAGACAUUAAGAGAUAUAAAUUGCUAAAAAUUUCAAGUUGAGGAUAUGAUUGGAGUUUCCCUUGUAUGGUAGGGCACAAUGUCAUGCUACAGAUUAGUCAAAACCAUGUGAUUCUUUGCCAAUAUACUUCACCUGAUAUGUCUACCUAAUUAUUUCCUCUAUAUUUUAACAAUGUUAGGGCUGAAAUAAAAGGCUCCAUGCCCUUAACUGGAGCCCUCAAACGUUAUAUGUAAGAAAGUUUAAAUAAAUAUAGAAAACAUGGAUUAUAUUUUCUCAACUAGGUUCAUCGACCUUCUAUAUAAUAUAUUCUUACAGAGUUCGGUUCAUAAAGCUUCAUGAGUACCUCAAGCUUCAAGUCAAGCCUUGCCCCCUAAUUAGUUCCCAGGGCCUUCUCAUUUCUAUUCAAGAAUUGAAUUUCCCCUCCCUAUAUAAGUCCUUCCUCUGAACCCACAAUUCAACCUAAAUUUUUCCUACCGUGUAAUCAUAAUUUCAGAAGUCCUUUGCAUCCGCCCGUCAUUCCAACAAUGGGACUCAAGCUGACAGGCAUAGCUCAUGCAACAAAAAAGCUACAUAGAAAUAUGUCGGCCAAGAAUGGGAACUUGUCAACUAGCACUGAUGUUCCGAAAAGACAUUUUGCCGUUUAUGUUGGCGAAUCACACACACGAUUCGUCGUGCCAAUCUCUUACCUGAACCACUCUUUGUUCCAGGAGUUGUUGCAUUUGGCAGAAGAAGAAUUUGGCUUCGAUCAUCCAAUGGGAGCCCUCACAAUUCCAUGCACUGAGGAUUACUUUCGGAGUCUUACAGCACUAAUAAGUUCUUCUAGAGAUGCAGCAAUAUGACUGUGUUAGUAAAAGAGUUUUUGCCUACUUAAUUCUCUCUAGUAUAGUAGUUGAUCAUACAGUCUAGCAAAGUGAUGUAUACAGAUUUCUGUUCUUGUUAAUUUAUUAGAGUUGUCAGACUGCAGUGAUCAAACUGGCAAGUCUCUUCUCUUAUGAUGCAGAUUCUCUUAAAGAUCCAACCUCCCAUUUUUUGGAAUCUAUGAACCCUAAUUGAAAGUAACAUU